CCGUGGGCCUGGAGACAGAGCGGCCCGGAGCUCCACACACGUCCGUGCCCUUGUUGACAGAUUGCCGUUGCUCAUUCCUACCGCGGCGGGUCGCUGGCACGUCGGCCGGCUGGCUGUGGUACCCACUCGCGAGUUCACGGGCUCCACCAGGCGUCAACGCGCGUGUGUGCAUUGUGGCCCCAGCCAAAGAUCACCCAGCCACGGACUGACUUGACCGACGAGCGGCCUCCCCGCACCAUGUGUGUGGAAGACGGAUAUAUUAUUUUGAGCCCACCGGAACCGUCUCGCGGACACUACGGAGUGCGGAAAAGGAGGUCGGAAUAGUCGUCGUCGGUGGCGACGAACCCGCAGCGAGGCUCCAGCGUUUUUGUCGGAACCGCCGAGCGCAAGAAAAUGUCGGGCAAAAUCGAGAGCAAGCAAGACUCUCAGCGGUCCCAUCUGUCCUCAUUUACCAUGAAGCUGAUGGACAAGUUCCAUUCUCCCAAGAUCAAGAGGACGCCAUCCAAGAAAGGCAAGCAACUGCAGCCCGAGCCUGCGGCCAAGAGCACUGAAAAGCCUGCUAACAAGAAGGUGAACCGACUGGAGGAGCACGAGAAGGAGGUGGUCAGCGCCCUUCGCUACUUCAAGACCAUCGUGGACAAGAUGGUGGUGGAGAAGAAGGUGCUGGAGAUGCUCCCCGGCUCGGCCAGCAAGGUGCUGGAGGCCAUCCUGCCUCUGGUUCAGGGGGAGGCCCGCAUACAGCACAGUUCAGCGUUGUCUUCCUGCCACAACCGCGUGUACCAGAGUCUCGCCAACCUCAUCCGCUGGGCCGACCAGGUGAUGCUGGACGGCAUCGACCUGGACGACAAGGAGAACGUGACGUCGGUCACCAACGUCAUCAAAGCGGUGCUGGACGGCGUGAAGGAGCUGGUGAAGCUGACCAUCGAGAAACAAGAGCAGCCGUCGCCCACCAGCCCCAACAAACCGACGCCGCCCGUAACUACGGCGGAGAGCAGCAGCGUUCCUUCAGAGGUGGCCUCGAUAGAGCGGGAGUCGGAGGUGCUGAAGACGACUGCUCCGGCAGCGGCUCCCUCCGAGGCCCCCUCGGGCGUAACCGACGAGGACGUAGCCCCCCCGAAACCCCCGCUUCCCGAAGCCAAGAUGGCAGAGCUCAGAGCACAGUUGAGUUGUGACGCUGGCCAAAGGAAACCCACACACAAGGAGAACCCUCCGCCAGCCCUCCCGCCGAAGAAGCGGCAGUCUGCCCCGUCGCCGACACGCGUGGCGGUGGUCGCCCCCAUGAGCCGGGGAUCCAGCUUGCCCUGCACUGUCCACAGACAGCAGCAUGACUACGAGCAGCAGUUCCUCCAGCGGCGCUUCUCAGGGGGCAGCCAGUCGUACGGGGGUGACUCCCCACGUCUGUCCCCCAGCAGUAGCAUGGGCAAACUCAGCAAGUCGGACGAGCAGCUUUCCUCCAUGGAACAGGACAGCGGUCAGUGUUCCCGGAACACCAGCUGCGAGACGCUCGACAACACCGAAAACUACGACCCCGACUACGACUUCCUCCACCAGGACCUUUCUGUUGGGGACAACCUGCCCCCAAUCCCGGUUGGCGGUUGCCUCAGCCCGCUGCCCGAGUCUCACAGCGAGUCGUCCUCGCCGGUCCGCGGGCAGCAUCCGUCGCACCCCCGCUUCAGCGCGCCUCCCCCCCAGCAACCGCCCGAGUACUGGACGCCGCAGCCCGGCCGCCCCAACCCCCUGUCACGCAUCAGCGCGCCGCCCGCGCUGCCCCAGAAGAAGCGGCGCAGCACGCAGACGCCGCCCUUCCCCGACGGCGGCUCCAAGGUGUACGAGCGCUACCCCUCCCAGUACGACAACUUGUCCGAGGAGGAGCCGCCUCCCUUCCCGCUUUUCACGCCCAUCUCGCCCAUGCCGCAGACGAACGGCGGCGCGUUCGUCACGCAGUACAUUUGCGGAGAGAACGCAGACGUGCCCGCCAGCCCGCCACCGCUGCCAGAAAAGAAAAGCAGACACAUCCUGCAGUACAUGCAGUUUGUGGAGGACUACUCGGAGCCACAGCCGUCCGUCUUCUACCAGAUGCCGCAGAGCGAGAGCAUCUACGAGCAGCGCAACAAGCGCUUCCAGGAAGUCUACGGCUUCAACGACUCGUUCAGCAGCACCGACUCGGUCCACGAGCCGCUCCUGCCGCCCGCGCUGCCGCCCAAGCAACGCCAACUGGCCUCCCACUCCUCCUCCCCCUCUUCCUCCUCCUCUUCCUCUCUCUCCUGCCACCUCCAGCCGUCUGUGGCGGCCAUGGAGGAGGCGGGCUCUGGGCUGGGCCUCAGCAUGUCCGUCUCUAACUCCUACCUGAUUGGCCAAGCUGCCUUGACCACGCCCACGAGCGUGGACCAGGCCGCCUUGACCAACGCCGCCGUUCCCGACGGCGGCGGGGGAGGACCCGGGCCCGGGGGCUCGCCGUCCCGCUCGGCCGCCUCCGUGGCGGCCUGUCCUCCCUCUGGGUCGUCUCUCGGCGACUCGCUUCACGUGAGCGAGAGCGCGAAUGACGAGGGUGGGGAGGGCGAGUACGUCAACUUGUACUCGUCCAGCCAGGCCAAUGGCGAGCUGCCGCUCUCCCUCAGAGAAACCAUCGCCGAUGACAUGCUACAAGACCCCGCCCCUCCGAUGCCAUCCACCAAUAGCAAAGAGGCUACGGAAGUGGAAAGAAGGCAAAAGUCAGCGGAGUCGGCAGAGGACAGCGAGGAGAACGUGGACGAGCUUUCCCUCAUCGAUCACAAGGAGAUCAUGAGCAGGAUAACACUAAAACAGGAAAAUGAUGACGGGCCGGAUGUGCGUGCUGGAUCGGGAGACAUUUUGUUAGUCCACGCCACAGAGACGGACCGCAAAGAUCUCGUUUUGUACUGUGAAGCCUUUUUGACUACAUAUAGGACGUUUAUAACCCCCGAGGACCUCAUUAAGAAGCUACACUACAGAUACACAAGCUUUUGCCAUAGUCCAGACACGUUCAAGAAGCGAGUCAGCAAGAAUACCUUCUUUGUCUUGGUGCGUGUGGUGGACGAGCUCUGCCUGGUGGAGCUGACGGAGGACAUCCUGAAGCAGCUGAUGGACCUGGUCUUCACGCUGGUCUGCAACGGGGAGCUGAGCUUGGCCCGGGUCUUGCGCAAGAACAUCCUGGACAAGGUGGAGCAGAAGAAGCUGCUGCGCUACACCAACUCGCUCAAGCCGCUCGCCGCCCGGGGCGUCUCGGCAAGGCCCGGAACGCUGCACGAUUUCCGCAGUCACGAGAUCGCGGACCAGCUCACGCUUCUCGACGCCGAGCUCUUCUACAAAAUUGAGAUUCCGGAGGUGUUGCUUUGGGCCAAAGAGCAAAACGAAGAGAAGAGUCCCAACCUGACGCAGUUCACAGAGCACUUUAACAACAUGAGCUACUGGGUGCGCUCUCUAAUCAUUCAGCAAGAGAAAGCCCAAGACCGAGAGAAGCUGCUCCUCAAGUUCAUCAAGAUCAUGAAGCACUUAAGAAAGCUGAACAACUUCAACUCGUACCUGGCCAUCCUGUCCGCCCUCGACUCGGCACCCAUCCGGAGAUUGGAGUGGCAGAAGCAGACGUCGGAGGGAUUGGAGGAAUAUUGCACGUUGAUUGACAGCUCGUCGUCCUUCCGGGCAUACCGGGCCGCUCUGGCCGAAGUGGAGCCUCCCUGCAUCCCGUACUUGGGUCUCAUCUUGCAGGACCUGACCUUUGUCCACCUGGGUAACCCCGACUUCAUCGACGGCAAAGUCAACUUCUCCAAGCGAUGGCAGCAGUUCAACAUCUUGGACAGCAUGCGCCGCUUCCAGCAAGUUCACUACGAGCUGAAACGCAACGACGACAUCGUCUCCUUCUUCAACGACUUCAGCGACCACCUGGCCGAGGAGGCGCUAUGGGAGCUCUCGCUGAAGAUCAAGCCGCGGAACAUCGCCCGACGCAAGACGGAGCGGGACGAGAAGACUUAAGCGGCGCCGUCACCCAAGCACCGCAAAAAAAACUAAAGACAUGACCUCCAACUGUGCUUCAAUGACACUAACUCCACUUCAACAGACCCGCCGAAUUGGGCGCUUUUUACUUCGGCGGGAGCUAACGGGAGAUCGGUUGCAGGAGAACGAUGAGCGUGAGCGAGGUUUACAAAGAGCCGGCUGGGAGACUUAUUCUUACUGGAAGGGAGCGGACACACAAAGGCGGAAAUAACCAAAGUCUGCUCUCUCUUUUAAAGUGGAAACGGUCGGCCGAGGGUGUGACACUAAGGUGAGAAGGUCCAUUACUCCUUCACGUUUUUUUUUUUUUUUUUUUUAACUUUUUUAUUAUUAUACUGUAUAUUGUCGCUGUCGGGUGGAAUCCUAGCUUCUCCAAAAUCACAACUUUUCAGGAAAUAAAAAGUUACCAAACAGCGCAUCGUUCAAGUUGUACUUAUACUGCUACCGGAAACCGUUGCGCUUCAACAUCAACACCCCAAAAUCAUGUUCAGUCGCUAAUUGGAUUCACUAAAAGAAGCUAAUUUAUUACGUAUAAGUUUGCGCUCACGCCAACCCCCGGGCAAACGACCGUGAUCUUUCCAAAGUCUUUCUCAAAGGUCGUUAGAUGCAUUAGUGAUGCAAUAAAUAACCCGAUGAGCUGACUAAGCAGUACGGCAGGCGGAAAUGAUUCUGCUCUCAAAUGUACCUUCUUGGCUGACUCGCUUCCUUCUGCACCGAAGCAUUCCAGCGAUCCAUUUUUCACAAAGCCGGCUUACUCAAAUGUAUCUAACCUUACUAGUUUCAUUCGUUUUAGUGUCUAAAAAAAUAUCCGGACUUUCAAGCUUGAGGCUACAAGAUGCUGCACAACUCCCGCAGCGUGAGCAGGAGGCGGAGUUUUACGACAGUUUAAGUGUCCAAGAGAGUUAAUAGUUUUUUGGGGGUAAAAUGUAAUUGGGUAAUAAUGCGCAAAACAACAGUUGACGUGGGGAAAAAAACGAUAGUAUCGAUUUGUGGAAAAAUAUGAAAUUGACCAUAUUUGGACAUGCAGAGUUUCCGCCAGACAGCGACGAUAAAAAUAUACUACUCGCAAAACGUUUUCUGGAUAUUGGGUUUUUAGGUGAAAUUUCAGGAUGAACCUAAAAUGCACUAUGACCUUUUACAGGUGAGCUUAAUUGGACCUUUUGUAAACCUUUGAAGCAUUUUGAUCCAUGAAUGGACCAAUGCAUUUACGAGGAGGUCUACUUCUACGCCUUUCUGUGACUCUUCCAGUCUCUCUGUAUCUCUGUUGCAACCUGUUGAUGACGCUAUCCACUUAGCGGCCACUACGCAUUGGCGAGGAUUCAAACUAGGGCUGCAGAUAUGGAAUAUUUUCAGAAACAAGUCGAUUAAUCAGAUAAAAGUAUAUUUUGGAUUAUUACACAAAAAUAAAGCACAUGUGAGGUGGAGGUCCACUUGGGGUCACCAUUACAAGAAAAGGUACAAUAGGUACUGAAACAUUCAAAAGUUAGGCAUUUAGUUCACCUGUGAAGGUUUUAUAGUGCAGUUUAGGUUCAUCCGGAAAUUUCGCCCUGAAGCUCACUAUCUCUUACUUUUCAUGAGUAGUGUAAAUUUAUAUCUCAGGUGCCAUUGAAUUGGUCACCUGAACUCAAGCACGCCAUCCCCCUCAGGACAGCAGCGCCACCUACUGUGAAGUCCUGCGUUGAAGGGGGGAGGUUUGUUUGUUUGCUUGUGUAAGAAUCACGUGUGGUUAUGAAAUGUAUUAUAUACACACGCCGCUCCUUUUGUUCUCGAAAAGGACGUUUGUGCUUAGGAGGAGAACUCGGCCGUCUCUCCCGCAAGUGCCAUAUGUGUGCGCACUCAAAAAACGAGAGGGGGGGGGGCGGUAAGAGAAAUGACUAAAGAUGCUGUGAUCUGUUAUGUCAUGGUGUGCUGUGGUCAUGUGUAUAAAAAAAAAAAAAUUACAAACAAAAACACAAACAAAAACACAAUCAUGUCAUGUUCGGGGGGGGGGCUGAGUGAAGUCGUUUGUCAUUCCAAAGUGUAAAUCAUUUCCUUUUGUCUUUGGGAGACCAGUCAGAAGAAACGCGUCACACUGUGCCCUCAAUAAAAACAAAACAGGUGUUUCUAUACAUGAAAACAACAUACUUUA